AUGUUGGACACUCUCGUCCCGGCCCUGCAGGACCUGGGCAGGCAGGUGCUGUCCACGCUGCCCUCGCUGAGCCAGGAGGAAGUCUCUGCUAUCUGGGCUAAUGUGUCAGAAUUUGUGGAACAGCAGCUAAUCCGGCACAAGGGGGUUCAGAUACCAGGAUUUGGAACUUUCACUUUCAUGAGACAAAAGCUUGAGGUGGGAAAUAACAAGUUUAUCCUAAUCCAGAGGCCUGUGUUUAUCAUGGCGGAGAAGUUAGCACAGAUCCAUGGACUCAAACAAAACAAAGUAUAUACUCCUGGUGAUAUCCCAAUUGUUCCACUUAAUUUUGUCAUGAUAUCCCUGGAAGGUCCUUUUAAUAGGGAUGUAGUGGAAGGAUGUGUGAAGGAGACGUUGCUUUUUUUAUCACGAUCCAUUUCCAUCAAACAAAAUGUGGAGUUUAUGUUCAAAGGAAUUGGGGUCCUCAUCAUCAGAGACAGCAAAGUGAAGAUGAGAUUUUAUAAAGACUUCCUUUCAACCAUGGAUGGAAGUGGGGCUUUGGCAAAAGUCCUAGCAAAUAGGCCUGGCACUGUGGACUCGGUGUUGUCUAGCAGAGAAGCUUUGGGGAAGCGGCCCAACAGUAUGCUCGCAUUUCCAAGGAUUGAGCUCAAGGAGAUGAAGAACAAACCACCUAUGGUGACCAUUGUAGAAGAAGAUGGAGAGAAUAGAGAAAGAAAGUACAAGUCAAAAAACCAAUCGGACAAAGAAGAAGGCAUCAGAGAGGUUUCAUCACCAAAGAGAAUUCGAGAUAGACAAGGUAUGCUCCCUGCCAAAGUGACAAGCGUCAGCUUGCUGGACAAGUUUGAGCGAAGUGCGAGUGGUGGAAAUAUUAUGACCCCUAAAAGCUUAUCACCUCCAGGUUGUCUGAAAAAUGACAAUGAGAUGAAGCCCAGAACAUCCCUCAUCCCUGCUUGCCAGGAUCAUAAUAAAGCAGGACAGGAGAUGUGCUAUGUAUGUUUGCAACGAGCACAUCGAAAUUCUCCAUUGUACUACGGUGAGGAAAGAUGGAGAAGAGAGAUAGAAGAUGAGCGACUCAUACAGCAGUACCAGAUGUUGAAAGAUCAGGAGGCGCUCAUCAGACACCAGAUGAAAAAUCUGGCUGCUAGAGAGCAAAAUCAGAAAAACGCAGCCUACAAUCUUGGAGUUGCUGAAGCCAUAAGAAGCCACAGGAGUGAGAAACCUGAAUUUUAUAAAUCCUUCCUAUUUGAUAAACGGCCACUCAGUCCUGAGCUUAAUGCUCUUAAGCAAGAGGAAUAUUCUCAAAGUCUCCUGAACCAAAUGGAUAACAGACGGGAAAAGGAGAUAAAGCAAAGACAAAAUAGAGAGUUGAUGGACCGCCUGGAACAAGUGCAACUUACAGAGGAACUUGCUGCACAAAGAGCCAAAUAUUUAAAAGAUAAGAUGGAAGAAACACAGUGUUACAAGAGAGCUUUGGAUGCACAGAUAAAGAACAAAACUUCCCAGCUCCCCAUGUUUGAGCCAGACUCCUCAGAGCCCAUCUUUGGUAAGAAUGAGGGUGAGCUGAUGGUGGAAAAGCGAAAGCUAGAACAGGAUUUCAUGAAACACCAGCUGGAGGCAGCAGCAGGACACAAGAGGAGAACCAUCCUGCACCAGCUUGUAGACCAGAGGCGUGAUCUGCAGAUGCUUCAAAGAACACGAAGAGAAUACCUGGCAGACAGAACUGCUGAGCUGGAGCGAGUGAACAGAAUCAACCAAUGCUUACAGGAGGACUGGGAAAGGAGUGCUGCGAUGAAGAAGCAGCGAGACCUGGAGGAGAAAGCUUUUGAGCGGGCUUCAGACAAGCUCUUUCUCCUGGACCAAUGUGAGAAGUAUCGGCGUUGCAAACAGUGCCAGAGGCGCACCUCCAACAUGGGCGAGACCAACCUGUGGCCCCUGAACAAGUUUCUGCAUGGCUCCCGGUUGCUUGCAUAAUACUCAAAGUUUGGAUCUGCAUUUCCUGGGAAACUUUUUUUAAAAAUCUUUUGCAUGUUUGGAGUUUUGUGAAACUACACAUUUGUACCUCACAAGAAAAAAAAAGUAUUGUUUGGGUUUGGUACUUUCAGUAGAUUAUUUUUAACCCCUUAUUGAACUCAUUCCUGCCUUCUUCCCACCCCUACCUAUUCCACAAACUUGCCUCUGAUGGCAGUGAAGGUGUCUGAAUGGUCUUGAGGGCUAGAACCUGCUGCCACAGGGAAUGAGAAUGGGACCCAGCUUUGUUCUGCCUGCUGGGGUGCUGCUGAUACAGCCCUGCCACUCCGUCUGUGACUGUGUUUGAAACUCCACCUUUUUUUCGUUUAUAUUGAAUAGUGUCAUAAUAAAUAUUUUCUAAGCACCU